AAAGUACGUCACAAUAUUAUCGAACCUAAACUUCGGCGUUAUCGGAGCUUUUAGUGCUUUUACUGGACGUCGAAGUAAGUGAACUGAAUCGCUUCAUUGAUUUUCAGCUCCCUCAGACUUAUUUCACAGAGGCACCCAGACAACACUAAAGUUAUAAUUUCACCUAAAUCAGAAUCUUACGUUUGUUCCGACGAAGACUUCGAUUAAAAAUGUUGCGGAUUUUGACAAUCACGCUUUUCAGCCUGGCCCUCGUUCACAUGGGAGUUGGUGUGCCACAACGCAUGCGACGUCAAACUGCAACGUUCAAAGUCACACGCCCGGAAAUACUCACAGAAAAAAUGAAACAAUACCUUGGUCCAUCAGUGAAAAACGAUAUUUUGGUGAAAACGCACGAUCCUAAAUGGCCGAGAAGUCUACCGAAAGAAUUCGACCUCCGAAAAGAGUUCCCAGAAUGUGCUGACCAACUCAGCAAAGCUGUGGAUGAAGGUGCUUGUGAUACUGAUGCGCCAUCGAUUGUCUCUUCGAUUCUCUCUGACAAAUAUUGCAUUCAGACGGGAGGCGAAGAGAAGAAACAAUUGUCUGCCGACUUCCUCAUGGGUUGUGCUGAAAGAUGCAAGGACAGUGCCUAUAUUGCUAUGUCCUGGAUUUAUACUGAGUGGGGAAUACCUACCGGUGGAGAUUACGGCUCAUCUGUUGGGUGUCAGCCGUACUCUUACAAACCAUGUAGGCAUACAUUGGGAAAAUACCUUGGAAUGGAGAAAAAAGUCUCCACCGACCAGUUGGGCUUAGGAAAAAAUGAUGAGUUGGAGGAAUGCAAGUAUGCAUACUCAAAGGUGAAGCAGAACAAAUGUACUUCAAAGUGCACCAAUAAAAAUUACCAUUCGAAAACCAUCCAAAACGACACAAUGAUAAGCGUCGAAGAUUGGUACUUUUUACCGGAAAACAAUGAAGCAGCAAUGAAGAGCGAGAUCAUGGCGCGUGGUCCUAUUGCGGUUGGCUUCACUCUUUACGAUGACUUCUUUGAGUACAAAAGUGGAAUUUAUCAUGUCAGAGAAGGUGCAACAGAAGCCACAUUAUGGAAACACGCAAAGGUAAUCGGUUGGGGAGAGGAAAAUGGCGAAAAAUAUUGGCUGGCAGUGAAUACCUGGUCCGACUUCAAUGGAGGCAAUCAAAUCGUCAAGUUUGGAAUAGACGACGCAUGCAUCCAAGAAUACGUCACAUCGGGACAUCUUUUCGAGGAUGUUCACCCGGAUGACGACUAAUGAGAGGAGUCAUUAGCACAUUUCUUCAUGGACGUACGAAUUCUGAAUAUUACUGAGCGCAACGCUGAAGCACGAAUUGCAUCAUAAAAGUCUGUUCAAUUUUCAAUUCCAAUGACUUGGAAAUAGCUUUGUCACAAUAAGUAUGAAAAGCAUCAAAAAUACAUUUUGGCAUAUAAUUUUGAA